AUGGCUUUCAGCUUAACAGAGGAACAAAAAUCAAUCCAGGAGAUGGCACGUAAAUUUACAAAGGAAGAGAUCAUCCCUGUUGCCGCUGAGCAUGAUCAAACCGGAAAGUACCCUUGGGAGAUCAUCAAGAAGGCUUGGGAGCUUGGAUUAGUCAAUACACACGUAGAAUCAAAAUAUGGUGGUAUGGAACUGGGUGUAUUCGAUAGUGCCCUUAUUUCAGAAGAAUUAGCAUACGGCUGUUCAGGUAUCCAAACUGCUAUUGAAGCCAACAAUCUUGCUGAGGCACCUCUUGUGGUCGCUGGUAACGACUUUCAAAAGAAAAAAUAUUUAGGUCGUAUGACAGAAGAACCUUUGGUUGCCUCAUACGGUGUGACUGAACCUGGAGCAGGCUCUGAUGUUGCCGGUCUUCGUACACAGGCUGUCAAGAAGGCUGACGGCAGCUGGGUACUGAACGGACAAAAGAUGUGGAUUACCAAUGCUGGCCAUGCCAACUGGUUCUUUGUCCUUGCUCGCACCAACCCAGAUGCACCUACAGGAAGUGCAUUUACCGGUUUCAUCGUUGAUGCCGAUACCCCUGGUAUCACCUUGGGCCGUAAGGAAAUCAACAUGGGCCAACGUGCCUCCGAUACCCGCGGUGUGACAUUUGAAGAUGUAGUCGUUCCAGCCGAAAACGUCCUCGGUCGGGAAGGAGAAGGCUUCAAGAUCGCAAUGAAGGCAUUCGAUAUUACGCGUCCUCUUGUGGCCGCAGGUGCCGUUGGUUUAGCACGUCGUGCCAUGGAAGAAGCAACGAAAUAUUCCCUCGAGCGUAAGACGAUGGGUAAGCCCAUCUUCAAUCACCAAGCUGUCGCCUUCAUGUUGGCCGAUAUGAUCAUGAAUAUCGAAGCCUCUCGUCUGAUGGUCUAUCGUUCCGCCUGGAUGCGUGAUCAAGGUCAGAGAAAUACAUGGUACGCCAGUAUGGCCAAGGCUAUGGCCAGUGAGACAGCCAACAAGUGCGCUGCUGAUGCUGUUCAAAUCUUUGGCGGAAAUGGUUUCAAUACAGAGUAUCCUGUCGAAAAGUUAAUGCGUGACGCAAAGAUCUUUAUGAUAUAUGAAGGCACCUCACAGAUCCAACGUUUGGUCGUCUCGCGUGGUUUGGCAGACUUGGCACAAUCCGGUGCUUCUGCGUUAGGUGGAUUUUAA